AGGCACGUUGAUUUGCUCGUGGUGAACACGCACUACCCGGGUCGCAUGGGCCCAUGCCGGGCGAUGCCACUAGCUUCCGCAGUACAGCCGGCCCGCUCCUGUAUUCCCACCGUGGCCACAGACACUGCCGUGCAGUGGCUCAAGGAUGUGAGCGAGAAGGGCCUCGCACUGAUCUGCCUCUCUGUUGACUUGCGCGUCCUCCGCUUCCGGACAUACGGCACGGCGGCACCAUUUGGCUCUUGCCGACGCGAGGAGGCGCUGGACUUCCCCAAGGCCUGCAUUGGUGGUUCCUGGACGCAAGUGCACAAUGUUUCGCGUGACAGCCCCAUGUGGCUGGAUGGUUACAACCUACAGACUUACGACACGGCAAGCUCCCUUUCUGAGAGGGUUCGGUCGCUGCUUCCCCUUCCGAACGCUGGCAUCGCUGCCUUCAACUUGGACUACGAGGACUACGCUGGGGUCUGCGAUGGUGGCGUCCCUCAGGCCCGUCUCAUGUCACUUAGGGCGGCACUCGACGAGGAAAACAUCACUGCCCAGACUACUCUGACACUUGAGGCUACAGAACGUCCACUCGUCUGCGUGCUGUCUGCGGACGUGAAGAACGAGUCCCGCGUGCCGUCGUCCCACUGCACGCAUCUGGUGCACGAAGGCGCUCGAUACGUCGUACCCGACGAGAAGCUCAUCAUCCCCGAGAGCACGGUCAAUCUCGCCACGAACCGGAGCGAGCAGCGCCACCUGGUUGGACUAAACGGCAACGAGAUGGUUGACUUGCUCAUGAUGGCCGACGACAGGGAACGACGCGAAAUCGCCGCCAGGAUGGCCUCCGCCGUACUUGACGCUAAGAUGCAGGGACUCGCCAUCCUCAACUUCAACAGGACGUCAAAGACGAUUGCUAACUUUGGAAGCGUGCUCGAGACUAUACGGAGCGUUUUCGCUAAGGAGCUGACUAUCAUAUUCGGUGCUGAAGUUCUGGACUUCAGCCUACCAGUUGAGAUCAUGGGACAGCGCCUGACAAAAGCAGCUAAACACGUGGACAUCUUCAUCCUGCAGACACACUACCGGCGUCCCCGAGGUUAUUGCCGCGUCACCUACCCAUCGACAUACAGAGGAGAUACGCCACUCGUUACAUUGUCGGCAGCCGCUGCGUGGGCCCGGGCUAUGGAGACCACCAGCCGUGUGUGCCUCUCCUACACGAUGGGCGUGCUUCAGUUCCAAAAGGGAGACGCCAUGGGACCGGCCGCAUGCGACAACGUUACCCUCCUUGACCGGGCCGAGGCAUGCGACGAGAAAGACUGGGAAGUGGACGCAAACAAUACCAAAACUCUUUCCGUCAUUCGAAAGAAAGAUAAAUUCAUACAGACGUUUGAAUCGCCGGAAUUCCUGGCCGUAAAGGUUUCACGAACGUUCAGCGAAAAUCCAGGGAGCUGCGUGGCCUUGUUCAAUGUCGAGCUCGAGGAAUCAACGGGCAGCUGCGGCAACACGCGCGCGCGCAAGUUCGCCCGCCUCGCGGUUGUGGCUGAGAAGUACAUUGAGCUCGACAGCAGGACCAAGUUCAAACAUCAGCUCCUGCCCAUGCUGACGAAAGUUGUGCCCAAUGACACCGCCGCCAAUUUAGCAGCAACCGUCUGCGUGAUCCACGUGUGCUCUCUCCUUUCUUCGAGGGAUGAUGUAGAAGAUUGGAUCCAAAACUACGACCUCGUCAGUGACUUGAACAGGUGGGACAACCCACAGAGGUUGCGGAAUGUCCCCUUCUACCUGUCUGAUGUCGCGAAAACCUGGUUCUGCAACGAUCAACCAGAUCUUUGCGACUGGGACACGUUCACGCAGCACCUUCGUGAAAUUUUCGGUGCCCCCACUGUUCGCGCUGAGGCAGCGAAGAAGAAUCUCGCUGAACGCACUCAACUUCCCGGUGAAUCUUAA